AUGGAAACAUGCCACGGAAUUAUUUGCCUAAGUGCCAAAAAUUUCCGGGGGAAGAAUGAGAAAAAUGGAAAGACCCGUCUUGUCUCUUCUGCGGGAAGGGAGAAAAAGGCCCACAGAGUUUGUUCUACAACUUUAUGGGUGGUUAGUGCAUUCGUUCUGCUUCUUCUGUUGUGUGUGUCCCAGACAAAUCUGAUGAGCGAAGGAUGCCAGAGAAGCACGAGAAGAUUGUGUAGAAUUCUUGGUGGGUUCUAUACAAUGCAGAGAAUGGUGAACUCCAACGUAGGGUACCAAGAAAUGGAGAACGAACCAUGGUGGGAUGAGUGUAGCUACAUAUCUAGCGAAUGGGACCAGCUGGAUCAACAGUUUGACCAAAUGUGGAUGAGGGAAGAGUGGCUACGCAGAGGGAAGUACAGACCUAGGAAUUCGUACGAUAGAUGUCCUUAUGGUUGCACAGAUGCUGAUUUGGUGAAGGACCUAUCCGAAGAGAAUAUCAAUGAAAGGCUUGCAAAACUAGGAAGUCAAGUAGGCGUUAAGGAGAUGUUCAUUCUAUGGAGUAAUGUGCAUAGGCAUGAAAGGAAGAAGUACAUUAAGAUGCAGGAAAGAGCAAAAAUGUUCUGCGAUAACUUAGUCAAAACUUUUCAUAUUCCAGAGGAAGUUAGGAUUAGAGUUUGGAUGAGAGUGCAUAGAUGUAUGACGUCUGUUUUUCUUCGUUUUGAAAAAAGGCACCAUAAACAUUUCCUCAUGUUUCUGAGGCGGGGCCCAUCUUCUAGGGCUAGAUUCCUUAGGUAUAUAAAUCGAACACGGAAUGUGUGGAACAUGCGCAGGAUGAAAAUAAACAAAUACUGGCGCAAUAAGAUGGCUGGGGUCUUUAGGUUGUACUGGAGCAGGUACCAUAAUGCGGCAUACCCCGUGCGGGGCGUGCCUCGAAGGGGUGUGAAGGAGUAUACCAGGGUGGGUUCUGAGGAGUGUGACAGGGUAGGUUCUGGGAAGUAUGAUAUGGUGGGUUAUGGGGAGUAUGGUAGUAGGGGUAUCAGGGAACAAGACAGCAGGAAUGUUGGAUUGAACGAUAGGAGUUGCAGCAGUUUGUAUGGUAGCAGGGAUAGCAGUUUGUACGAGAGUGGGGAUAAUCGUUUGUAUGGAAGCAGGGAUAGCAGUUUGUACGGAAGCAGGGAUAGCAGUUUGUACGAGAGUGGGGAUAAUCGUUUGUAUGGAAGAAGGGAUAGCAGUUUGUACGGAAGCAGGGAUAGCAGUUUGUACGGAAGCAGGGAUAGCAGUUUAUACGGUAGCAGGGAUAGCAGUUUGUACGGAAGCAAGGAUAGCAGUUUGUACAGUAGCAGGGAUAGCAGUUUGUACAGUAGCAGGGAUAGCAGUUUGUACAGUAGCAGGGAUAGCAGUUUGUACGGUAGCAGGGAUAGCAGUUUGUACGGUAGCAGGGAUAGCAGUUUGUACGGUAGCAGGGAUAGCAGUUUGUACGAGAGUGGGGAUAACCGUUUGUAUGGAAGAAGGGAUAGCAGUUUGUACGGUAGCAGGGAUAGCAGUUUGUACGGAAGCAGGGAUAGCAGUUUAUACGGAAGCAGGGAUAGCAGUUUGUACGGAAGCAGGGAUAGCGUCCUGUACGAAAGUAGGGAUAAAGGUGUGGACAAGAGAAGAAAUGAAUGUUUAGGUGAAAGUAGGAAUGACAACUUGUAUGACAGUAUCGAUCAGGGACUUAAUGUGAGUAGAAGUGAAGGUUUGUAUGACAAACGAAUCAACGGAGCAAUGAAAGAAUCACGCUGUGAAGGCAACACAUAG